GCUGUUGGAUGGACUGGAACAGAGUUUAUACACUCUAACCAAGGACAACUUAUGUUACCUGUGCGUUCGUUGUGGAAUAGGCUCUGAGGAUCGGUUCAAAGGUAAAGAAAACAGUGAACGCACGCUGCGGCGUCAAAUCAUGGAGGAAAUCUGGGAAAAUGAGGAUUCAAAGUCUUGGUUACUCCGACUGAAAGAGGACAUCAGAGGUAUACAGGAGGAUGGUAGACAUGUAACCGUGAGCUCCAGUGCAUCAAGCAGCGUGUCCUCGAGUCCCAGCCAGUCUGAUGGUGAUGGGGACGCUGCAGACUGCCGUGAAGCUGGGAAGCCUCGACAGUCGGAAGUGACUCAGCGAACACACACUGGAGAGAAGCCUUACUGUUGUAGUCAGUGUGGGAAGACAUUCACACAGUCAGGAAGCCUGGCAACUCAUCUGAGAACACACACCGGAGAGAAACCGCAUAGCUGUGAUGUAUGUGGGAAGACUUUUAACGUAGCCUUCAAUCUGAACCGACACCAGCGAACACACACUGGAGAGAAACCCUACAGCUGUGAGAAGUGUGGGAAGAGCUUUUCUCAGUCAGGCCUACUGGCCAGCCACCGUCGUUCGCACACAGGAGAGAAACCGUAUGUCUGUGAUCAGUGUGGGCAGAGCUUUGUCAAUCCGGGAUCCCUGGCAAAGCACAAGCGAAAACAACAUGCUGGAGAGAAGCCUUACAGCUGCGCGGAUUGUGGGAAGAGUUUCUUUGAAUCACAUACCCUGGCUAACCAUCGGAGGACACACACAGGAGAGAAGCCUUACAGCUGUGAUCUAUGUGGGAAAAGUUUUGCUCUGUCAGGAACCCUGAUUAAACAUAAGCUGACUCAUACAGGAGAGAAACCGUACUGCUGUGACCGGUGUGGGAAGAGCUUCCGUGAAUCAGGCAGGUUGAAAGUUCACCAGAGAAUGCACACUGGAGAGAAACCUUACGGCUGUGAUCAAUGUGGGAAGAAAUUUGGUCAUUCGCAACACCUGAAAGAACACCUGCGAACGCACACAGGAGAGAAACCUUACGGCUGUGAUCAGUGUGAGAGGAAAUUCACUCAACCACAACACCUGAAAUCCCACAUGAGAACACACACUGGAGAGAAGCCGUUUGUCUGUGAUCAGUGUGAGAAGAGAUUCGCUCAUUCGCAACAACUCAAAGCACACCUGCGAAUGCACACUGGAGAGAAACCUCAUAUCUGCGAUCAGUGUGAGAAGAAAUUCGCUCAUUCGCAACACCUGAAAGAUCACAUGCGAACACACACAGGAGAGAAGCCGUACAUCUGUGGAGAAUGUGGAAAGAGCUUUGCUAGAACAGGAACAUUGAAAGUGCACCAGAAAUCACACGCAACAGGUGAAGUGUGUAAAGAUCUGCCUCCCCAGGAUCAGUUCCAGAACCCUCAAAUACAUCUGAACAGCACAAAGUUCCAGAUCCAUCUGCCUCCCCAGGAUCAGUUCCAGAAUCCUCAAAUAAAUCUGAACAGCACAAAGUUCCAGAUCCAUCGGCCUCCCCAGGAUCAGUUCCAGAACCUUCCAUAAACUCAGAAAAGUCCAAAGUUCCGCUGCUGGACUCCUCUAGCACUAGGCAUUAUGACACCUAUCUAUUCUAUAUAUAUAUAUAUAUAUAUAUAUAUAUAUAUAUAUAUAUAUAUGCGGUAAAGAGGUCAAUGGAACUCGACCAAAACAAUAGAAAUGCCAUGGACACAGGUGGGAGAAAGAUGCCAUGGGGGGAAAGAUCCCGAAUCUCCUCAUGGUCCCCUCACUAUAUGUUGAGGUAAGAAUCAGAGUAUAAUGCUUGUAUGGAUGUCAACCCCCUAACACAUGUUUAUAUCAUCAUCACCAAAUCAACUGCAUUAUGGUAACAAAAGGACUUUGACAAACACAGAUCGUUGAUGCUACAAGCUCAUAAGAGCAGGAUGUUAGCGUUUAGCAGUUCUUCUCAACAGGGAAAGGGACAACUUCAAAAAUGUGUCAUGCAGAGGAAACAGACAAAU